AUGGCCGAAGCCAAACGCCAAUCUACCGAGCCCCAGUAUGAGUUACUCUACCACCCUCAGAUCCCUGGUAGAGGCGAGUUUGUCCGCUUGAUGUUCGAGGCCGCAGGUGUCAGCUAUGCCGACGUUGCCAAUGACAAUCCACCAGACGACUCUGGACCCAAUGGAUAUGGCUUGGUCCAAGCUGUCGCAAGUCCCGAAAGCACUGGAGAUGAGGAUGGCAACCCUCCUGCUUUUGCGCCACCUGCUUUGCGUGUCCACGGAGCCGGCAAGAACGGAAAGGCCCUGCUGAUCCAUCAAACACCCAACAUCCUACUGUAUCUCGGUGGUCCUCUGAAGCUUGCUGGCUCGGACGAACCGGAGAAGUACUACGUCAACCAGCUUGCUUUGACUGCACUUGAUCUCAACAACGAAACACAUGACACACAUCAUCCUGUUGCCGUCAUGAAGUACUACGAAGAAGCACUCAAGAAAGCAACCGACUUCCGCGAGAACCGCUUGCCUAAAUUCUUCAGCUACUUCGAACGUGUACUCAAGCACAACAAACCCUCAGGACAAGGCAAAUAUCUCGUGGGCGCGUCUUUGACAUAUGCCGACCUUGCUUUGUGGCAAGUCAUUGAUGGACUCAAGUUUGCUUUCCCCAACGAGAUGAAGCACAGAAGCUCAGAGUCGCCAUUGCUGUUUGACCACUUCUACCCAAGUCUGAAGGCUGAGCCUUGGUUGAAGAAGUACCUGGACAGCAAGAGGAGAAAGCCUUACUCCAUGGGCGUCUUCCGGCACUAUCCCGAGCUUGAUCGCCAGUGA